CAUAAUCGGAAAACAAUCUUGAUGGCUGCAGCAUUGCCGGCGGGGCUUGGUGACAUCAUCAAGGUCCUUCCCACUGGCACAGUGUUCCUGUUCCAGUUCUGCAGCCCCAUCCUGUCCAACUAUGGGAAUUGCCAAUCCUUCAACAAGUAUCUCACCGCCUUUCUUGUCGGCUGCUGCGGCUUGUCUUGCUUCUUUUCUUCAUUUACAGACAGUUGUGUCGUUCAAAACAAAAUCUACUAUGGGUUUAUAACACCCAAGGGUGGUCUUUGGCCCUCGCCCCCGACAGAGCCUCCGUCUGGGAAGGUGAACCAGGUGCCGGAAAAGAUUGGAUUUACAGACUUUGUCCAUGCUAUUUUGGCGGUGAUAGUGUUCGGAGCAGUGGUGCUUUUGGACACAAAUACUGAGAAUUGCUUCUAUCCGGUGACUGAGUCAACUCAUAAGACUCUACUCUCGGUCGUGCCGGCAAUUGUUGGUGCCGUUUGUAGUGUGCUUCUACCCUUGUACCCUUGCAAGCGACACGGAAUUGGAUACCCUUCACCUAUAUCUAAAUCACAGAAAUCCAACGCCUCCGGUUCAAAAAUGCCUUUGACCAGAGAACCUAAGGAAGGGGACGUCUCCGGUUCAGAAAUACCAUUGACCGGAGAACCAAAGGAAGGGGGGCUUGUUCAUACACAGGUUUGACACACAUGCACACA